GGUCACUCACACUUCCUGGAGGUCUGUGUCACUUGCAGAGUUAUCUGUUCCUCAUAAAAGCACAUCACUGGGGCCAGCAGGACAACUUGGACACAGGACCAUGUCCCUGGUUCUUCCCACCCUGCUCUGUCUUGGGUUGUAUCCAGGCCACUGCACUCAGUCACAGAACAGAAAUCUCCCCCGACCUGAUAUCACAGCUGUGCCUGAAUCCAUGGUUCUGUCCAAGGAUCCAGUGAGUAUCCAGUGCCAAGGGCCUGCAGAAGCUACAGCAUAUGUGAUAUCUAAAGUGGGAAGCCCUGAGCGCUCACACACAGAGAAACAACUGCUGUCUAAGACUACCAAUACUUUGCAUAUUGCACAGAUGACACCAGACGGGACAGGGCUGUACCACUGCUCCUAUCAGAGCGGAGACAGCUGGUCCCAGUUCAGUGACACCCUGCAGCUGGUGAUGACCGGAGCUUAUGACAAACCCUCCCUCUCAAGCAUGACUGGCACCCGGGUGGCUUCAGGGGAGAAUGUGAAGUUGCAGUGUUUCUCAAGAUUCAAGUUUGAUGCAUUUAUUCUUAUCGAAGAAGAUGAAGUUCACGCCAUCCAGAACCAAAGCUCCACCCCCCAGGAUGGUGGACAUCAGGCCAUCUUCCUCUUGAAUCACGUCUCCUCCACACUAGCAGGGACCUACAGAUGCUACGGUGCCCUCCAUAAUUACCCCUAUGUGUGGUCUCAUGCCAGUGACCCAUUGCAGCUUCAGGUCAGAGCCCCAUUUGCAGAAGCUCCUGAUCCCAUGAACUCCACAUAUUUUCUUGCCCCAUUUGCAGAAGCUCCUGAAGGUCCUGAUCCCACGACGUCCAGACCUUCAACUGCCCCACCUUCCAACGAAAACUCCCUGGAGAAACACCAGAACGUUCUGAUUGGAGUCCCAGUGGCCAUUGCUCUCCUCCUUCUUGUCCUCCUCCUCCUCUUCAUCAUCCACCGUCGCAAAGCCAAAAGCAAUGCUGCUAGGAGUGACAGACAGCUAGAGGCAGCUGGACCGAUGGACGGACAGGCCUCUGAAGCUAGAGAUCCACAGGAUGUCACCUAUUCCCAGGUGACCUCCAGUGUCCCCACUCAGGGGACAGCUGCCACACCCUCCUUGUUGCCCAGACAGACCCAGACCAGUGAGUAUGCAACACUUGCCCUGAGAUAAGCCACGUGCCGGUGCCUGCAUUUCACGGGCAGGAGGACUUACAGCUGCCCGUUGGGAGGUCCCUCCUCUGGACUCACUGAUUCUAAAUCUGAGGCCGUCAGCCUGGCUGAGGGGACCCACGUGACUCAGAAGUCCCCGCUGCCCUCCUGAAUCUCAAGACCUCAAGAUUAUCACCCAAUCAGUUCCAGAAUCUCUACUAUAAUUGCCCAGCAAUUCCCAAAACCCUCCAAAGUUAUCGGAAGAAUGAUAGGGUAAUUUUUCAUAAGUUCUCAUUAUUCAUCAAUUAAACAAAUAUACUUAAA